AUGUUCGUGUCCGGGCUAAAAACGUUAACUGGCAGCUACAACUGCAACAACAAUAACAAAAACAACAACUUCCACAAAGGCAGCCAAUUUAAUUUGCAGCCAAAAUUUGGUGAAUUGAUUUUUUGCUGGUCUGUGUUAAAUACGUUAACGUUCUUAAUGAAUGACUACCGGUUAAAGUCACUUUAUCGUGCCACUAAAACGACAUCCCCAACUAAGACAACAGCAGCAGCAGCAGCAGCAGCAACAACAGCAGCAGCUGCAGCGGCAACAACAACAACACCCGUUGGCAGCUCCAUUAGAAAGUUAACUGGCAACAAUAACAAAUCAUCAAUAACAUUUGACAGCAAUAACAACAACAAAAAUCCCCGUACUUACAACAACAGCAGCAAAUCGAAUAAAGUGUUUCUACAUUAUAUACCGCGCGAUCCGCGUCUAAGAAUUUUUAAUAGAACCGCCACGCUGAAUAAACACUUGGCCGCCCUCCAUUCACAGCGCACCUUAAGCGAAUUGAAUAUAACUGAAGAUUUGUGCAAUUAUGGUGAAUUAAUCGGCGGCAGUGAUUAUUAUAAUUACGAUAAUUCCAAACAUUAUAAGAGCCAACAAGAAUUCAAAUUUCAAGUUUCCCUGUUCAAGUUUUAA